UGUUUGUGUGUACAUAUCUAGACUGCUUCUUCUUGUUCAUUGUUGCUAGAUUUUUGUCUUCUUUUAUUCAUCGAAUAUAACGAACCGAAUAGCGAAUCUGGUUUUUCGUCCGUCUCUUUUUAUUUUGUUUCCACUGGGUUUCAAGUUUGUUUUCAGUUUUGCGUCGUAGGUCAUGUCAAACUGAUCAUUUUUUGUUUGUCUUGGUCUUCAGUUUAGUCAUUGCAUUUGAUUCGGUCGAUUGUAUUAAAAGAGAGAAAAAAACACAUUUUUAUUUUUCGUUUGGCAAUUCAAAUUUAAUAUAAUUAUGAAUUGCUGGUGCAUUUUAAAUUAUCUAGUCGUAUUGUUUUUACUGUCGGAAUCGGCAUACGGUGCAUCGGGCCCGUUUAGGGAACGAGCCAAAAAAUACUGUAGAUUGAACAAAAAAUGUAAAAUACGUGAAGAGCGAAAUUAUGACUAUAAAAAAUUGAUGAAAAUCAGCGAUUUUCCAGGAAUUCAACCUUCAGGAUAUUUUGUACGACUACCAUUUUAUGUCUUAGCGCCAAGAGAUGCGCACAUUGUAUUUUCACCGACUGAAUCUCCUAACUGGACACGAGACAAUGUGUAUGAAAUAUUGGUCGGCGGAUGGGCGAAUAACCGAACUUUGAUACGUAGAAAGCGGCAAGACUACGACAUGACCGUUGAAUACACAUUCAAUGCUUUGCGCAAAGAUGAUCCACUGAAGUUGCUCAUCGAAAUAUCAAAUGAGGGGAAAAUCCAAGUCUUUAUUGAAUAUCAAAAAGAGCCGUUAGCUGUGGCCCAAGAUAAAAGCGUUUUGCCAGUGAAAUACUUUGGUUUUGCUUCAUAUGACAAUUCGCCAGCCAAAUUUUUCUACGAUUGUGAGGGUGAAAAUGCUUACCAAGAUGAGGAUAUAAAGAAAUUGUGUCGUUAUGCUGACGCUACGGAAAACGAAUACAAAGAAUUCUUCAAGAUAACCGACAUAACUGGCAUUCGGUCGGAGGGCUACAUCAUCAAUUUCCCAUUUUAUAUUCAAGCCGAAAAGGAUGCUCAUGUUCUUUUGACAGCAGUGCCAAUGGCAAAUCGUGAAGCCAACGAAUAUGAAAUACUGAUCGGUGGAUGGGGAAAUCAACGUGUAAUCGUCCGUAGAAAGCAGGGCGCCAAUGUGUUGCGUGAUGUUUCAUUGGUGGAUAUUUUGGUGCCUGACAAAUGGAUUGCGUUUUUGAUUCAAAUUACCACACGAGGCGACAUAAGAAUAUUCCGCAAAGAAGACACGCAUUCGUUCAAACUAAUGGCCGAAGCGUACGACCCCGAACCGCUUCCAGUUGAAUACAUUAGUUUUGGGUCGUACAACACAAAUCUCGUGAAAUUUUAUUUCAAUUGCUCAUUUAGCUUUGCCACACCAGAUGCCGUCUACGAUACAACCGACCAUCCAUUGCUCGCCAAGGACGUCCCUGCGUCCAUUGAUUUGAGAAAUUUCCUCGUUACGAAAUGCGGCUACUAUUCAAUUUCUGACUAUGACUACCGUCACUUUGUCAAAAUAAGCGACAUCAAAAAUUCGCAACCCGAUGGCUACAUUCUGCGAAUCGUGAUCUACAUUCAAGGCGCACGAGAUGGUAACGUUUUGCUCGCAACAUCCGAUCAUCCAAACUGGGAAAGAGAUUUUGUCUAUGAAUUUGUGAUUGGCGGCUGGGGCAAUGAGAGGGUGCUUAUAAGAAAGAAAAAAGGUGCCAAUGUGUUGGCUGAAGUGUACGAAAGCCAUGUAAUCAAUCAGGAGAAACCGACGAAAAUGCUCUUGGAAAUCGCAAACAGUGGUAACAUUCGAUUGUAUACGGAAAAGCUGAAGUCACAGCCAAUAAUCGCCAUUCUCGAGGAGAACCCAUUGCCUAUUCAAUACAUCAGUUUUGCUUCGUUCGAAAACUCGGAAACUCAAUUUUUCUACAAUUGCAGCCACAUUGACACGUCUGUUAAAUCCGUUAUGGGCUGAAUUCAGUGUUAAAAUAUUCAAAAGACGAAAAUUUGUAAUAGUUUGACAAAGGAAUAAAAGUUUUAUAUUCAUGCAA